AUGGCUGGAGAAGGUGGAGAGGAUGUACCUAGGGAUGCUAAGAUUGUGAAAUCUCUGCUUAAGUCGAUGGGUUUGGAGGACUGCGAGCCUCGUGUGAUACACCAGUUUCUGGAGCUAUGGUACCGGUAUGUGGUGGAAGUGUUGACAGAUGCUCAGGUGUUGGAACAAUUGAGUGGCCAGACUCCUGUCUUCUCCAAAGCUCGAUACACUGUUCAUUCUUUUGGUAUCAGGGGAGAGAAGGCAAUGCAGCUUCUUGAGAGUGGACUGAAGGUUAAAGAAUACAAACUCUUGAGAAGGAACUUUAGUGACACUGGUUGCUUUGGUUUUGGUAUUCAGGAGCACAUUGAUUUGGGUAUCAAGUAUGAUCCAUUUACUGGAAUCUACGGUAUGGACUUCUAUUUUGUUCUUGAGAGACCUGGUUACCGUGUGGCACGUCGCAGAAGAUGCAAGGCUCGUGUUGUAAUCCAGCAUAGAGUGACCAAAGAUGAUGCCAUGAAAUGGUUCCAGGUGAAGUACGAAGGAGUCAUUCUCAACAAGUCUCAGAACAUUACCGGCUAAAACAGAUGUGUCAAACAAAAAUA